UUAACAAAUUAUGAAACUUCAAUUCAUCUAACUUGCAUGUUUUUGGAUGUCGAAGGCCGGCCCUGAGAUUCGAACCCCAUGACCUCAGACUUGUGAGGCAGACGUGUUCCCCACUACCGCACCGUGCUGGAAGAUGUGAUCUGAAUACCUCCGACACCUCAACUUUGUUCCUGAACUCUUGGAUUUGACACACUUGGCAGAAAUACUGCCCCACUUGUUUCCACUUGCCAGCCACUCAAACAAGUGGACCAGUGUAGCCUUCUUUCAACCCGAAUGUUUCGGGUUCGACACCCCGGGAGAAAAUCCAGUUGGAUCUGUGUGACGUCACACGCUGAGCAAAGAGGGAGCGCGCCCACGAGUGUUGUCAACUUGUCAUGGAGCCCCCAAAGAAGCUGAUCAACUCUACAGAGGACUGCGUUGAUGAGGCUCUCUGCGGCCUCGUCCGGGCCUCCAGCGGGCUGUCUCUGCUGCGGGGCCACCGAGUCGUGCUGCGCUCAGACCUGGACCAAAUGAGCGGCAAAGUGGCGCUUUUGUCAGGAGGAGGAUCCGGACACGAGCCUGCACACGGGGGUUACGUGGGUGCUGGUAUGCUGUCGGCGGCAGUCGCGGGGGGCGUCUUUGCAUCUCCACCUCCUGCCAGCAUCUUGGCUGCCAUACUUUGCCUACACGGUGCAGGAGCAUCUGGGGUCCUUCUCAUCGUAAAGAACUACACGGGAGACCGUCUCAACUUUGGGCUGGCCGCAGAGCAGGCCCGCAACCACGGGGUGGAUGUUGAAAUGGUGGUCGUCGCUGACGACUGCGCUUUCACCUGCCCCAGUAAGGCCGGGAAGCGGGGCUUGUGUGGCACUAUUCUCAUUCACAAGCUGGCAGGUGCCUUAGCGGACGAAGGCUGCUCAUUGGUCCAUAUCGUUGCCAAGGUGACGGAGGUUUUGCAAGGCAUAGGUACGCUGGGAGUCAGCUUUUCUCCGUGCAGCGUUCCGGGCUGUCGGCCAUCUUUUGAGCUUCCUCCAGGUGACAUGGAGCUCGGCCUGGGAAUCCACGGGGAGCCUGGGGUCAGAAGAUCAAAGGUAGCGACAGCAGACGAAGUGGUGUCAGCCAUGAUUGAUCACAUGACCAACGCGGCGAGUCAGUCGUGCUUGCACCUGCAGACUGGUGACGUGCUCGUUGUCUGCGUGAACAAUCUCGGGGCGCUGUCACGUCUGGAGAUGGCCGUGGUGACUCGUGCCGCCAUCCUCUGUCUGGAAAAUCGUGGGAUGGUGGUCGCCAGGGUGAUGGCCGGGUCUUUCAUGACCUCACUGGAGAUGGCUGGAAUGUCGCUGACCAUGAUGAGGGCCAAUCCUGAAAUACUUAAACUCUUUGAUGCCAAGACUAGUGCCCCCGCCUGGCCGAACCUAAGCGGCGGUUGUGCGAGUGGCCGCAGCUACCUCACAGACCCGACCCCGAUGUCUACAGGAGGGCCCCAAGAUGUGCUGCUCGAAGGACCCCAAAGUCCUGUGAUGCGCAAGGUGCUGGAGAGGGUGUGUUCUACACUUUUGGAAUACCAGGAAGAGCUCAACGCAUUGGACCGUGCUUCCGGGGACGGCGACUGUGGGAAUACUCAUGCGCAGGCGGCCAAAGCCAUUCAGGUGUGGCUCCAGAGUCACGUGGUCCCCGGUUGCCCCGGGCAACUGUUGUCUGCCCUUGCUGGAUUGGUUCAGGAGAAAAUGGGCGGCUCUUCAGGCGCAUUGUACAGUUUGUUCCUCACGGCAGCGAGCGGUCACAUGACCGGGGGGCGGAGUCACGCUGCAGCAUGGGCCAAUGCAGUGCAUGCAGGGAUGCAGGCCAUGAGAAGAUAUGGCGGUGCUGAUUUGGGAGACAGAACCAUGUUAGACGCUCUGUGCCCCGCCGUAGACGAGCUGAUGAAAGUCAACAGCACGCCCCCCGGCGGAGAGAUGGCCGCGCUGAAAGCAGCUGCUCAGAGAGCAGCCGACGGCGCCGAAUCGACUCGCAGCCUCGCGGCCAAGGCGGGCAGAGCCAGCUACAUCGCAGCCGAGCGCCUCACCCUGCCUGACCCCGGAGCCAAGGCCGUCGCCGCCAUUUUGAGCGCCGUGGUGGAGGCCCUCGAAGAGCCGUAGUGGUAGAAACGCAUCAUCACGACUGUAUGACAAGUUCAUAGUGCACAAAAGUUAGACCCAUUCCGCAAGAAAUAAAGUGUAGAAUAAAUGGAUGCAUUUCA